AGCUAUCUUGCGGCUAGUAGCCGGAUGAAUUUGGGGGAGUGCCUGGUUUGAAGCUAGCAAACGGCCGUCGUUAGUGGGAAGGAGGCGGUUCUAGUCCUCCGCUAGCACGAGAGAAGACCCGCCUCAUCUGUAGAAUGAACGCUGGCAGUCUGGGAACGUUCCGACAGUAAUUAUUAUACCUCAGUGAUUCCAACAGGCUCCUUGGCUUUGGUAAACGUGUUAGAGGUAUCUCACCGUUUGAAGACUACUUAUGGAUGGAAACUUGACCACACGACGUGACACUGGAUCUCUGCUGGGAGUGUGUGGUCUGUCGUUGCCUGCACAGUGAGGCUUGGUGCCUGGAGCUGAGUCUAGCGCUUUCCCCCUCCCUUCUGGUGGCUCCUUAUGCUGGAUUGCAGCUGUACCCUGUGUUUUGCAGGAUGGAUGGUGUGGAUCUAAAGGGUCUCGUGUGUUGGCAGCACUCCCUGUUCUGUGACAGUGUUCUCUUCUUUUCUAUUUACAAAAGAACACCCCCAAUCCUCCACCCAGACUCUGAGCCCUGUAUACCUACGAACUGUAUUUAAGCAGCAGUCACACAGGUAGGAAUAGGAGAGGGAGAUUUGCAAAACAAGCUCCUGUUUUAAUUGGUCAGUCUGAUACAUUUUUUGACCACAUAGAUUUCCAUUUCUUACCAAAGCCUUUAUGGAGGAAGUUUGAGUUUUCUUUUCUCUGUUGAAUCAUAUCCGCUCACUAUCGUUGGGGGUGGUGGGAUGUCGGAAAAGCCCAACAACAAGAUGGUUAAGUUCCUGACUCCCCUUCCCAAGAGUGGUAAUGGUAACGGAAACAACGGGUCUGGCUCGGACUCGCUUGUUGGUGAACGGAUGGCAGCGGAGGUGAGGCGGCGCCACCACACCAUGGAGCGCGACCGUUGCGCCGCAGAACAUCGAACAUUCUUCCGUCGCAGCGUCAUCAGCGACUCCAACGCCACAGCCCUUGACCUCCCCUUACCCAGUAAAAUCCCUGUCCUUGCACCCCUUGUACCCCGCGUGCGAGAUGUCGCGCCGCACUCUGGUGCACUCCCCACCCCAAGACCUGCACCCCGUGUGACUGUGAGGGAGGAGUUGGCUGAGUGCGAAGGUGGAGUGAAGGUGGAUGUGGUGUCUGUAGAGCAGAAGGCUGCUAUACUGCAGGAUAUCUGUGAUGGGGAAGCAGUGGUGGCUCAGCAAGCAAACAGUCUAGCUGCCCAACCUCUGAGCCAAACGACAGAACCUGAACAUGAGAGUGAGGUGAAGGAGAGAGGAGAGGGUGAAGAAGGAGAGGGUGAAGAAGGAGAGGGGAAGGAAGCAGAUAAGGAAGAGAAGGAGAAAGCCCGGGUAGAGGCUGAACUGAGAGAGGCUGAGAAGAAGGUGCAAGAUGACAUUGAGGAAGCCGAGACGAAAGCGGUGGGAACAUCGCCGGAUGGGCGUUUCCUGAAGUUUGACAUUGAGAUUGGACGUGGUUCCUUCAAGACGGUCUACAAGGGCCUGGACACAGAGACCACAGUGGAGGUGGCAUGGUGCGAGCUGCAGGACCGUAAGCUGUCCAAGUCGGAGCGCCAGCGGUUCAAGGAGGAGGCGGGCAUGCUGAAGGGGCUGCAGCACCCCAACAUCGUCCGCUUCUACGACUCCUGGGAGGCCCCUGUUAAAGGCAGGAAGUGUAUUGUGCUGGUCACAGAGCUCAUGACCUCUGGAACACUCAAAACGUAUCUGAAGCGCUUCAAGGUCAUGAAGAUCAAAGUUCUGAGGAGCUGGUGUAGGCAGAUCCUGAAGGGCCUUCACUUCCUCCACACCAGGGCCCCGCCUAUCAUCCACAGGGACCUGAAGUGUGACAACAUCUUCAUUACGGGCCCCACAGGCUCCGUCAAGAUAGGAGACCUGGGAUUGGCCACACUCAAGAGGUCCUCUUUCGCCAAGAGUGUCAUAGGUACCCCUGAGUUCAUGGCGCCUGAGAUGUAUGAGGAGAAGUACGACGAGUCAGUGGAUGUGUAUGCCUUUGGGAUGUGCAUGCUGGAGAUGGCCACCUCAGAGUACCCAUACUCCGAGUGCCAGAACGCUGCACAGAUCUACCGCAGAGUCACCAGCGGGGUGAAGCCGGCCAGCUUCGACAAGGUGGCGAUCCCCGAGGUGAAGGAGAUCAUCGAGGGAUGCAUCCGACAAAACAAGGACGAGAGGUACUCGAUAAAGGACCUGCUGAACCAUGCCUUCUUCCAGGAGGAGACAGGGGUACGUGUGGAGCUGGCCGAGGAGGACGACGGGGAGAUGGAGGCCAUCAAGCUGUGGCUGAGGAUAGAGGAUGUCAAGAAGCUGAAGGGGAAAUACAAGGACAACGAGGCCAUCGAGUUCUCCUUCGACCUCAGCAAGGACGUCCCUGAGGAUGUGGCCCAGGAAAUGGUGGAGUCUGGCUACGUAUGUGAAGGGGACCAUAAGACCAUGGCUAAAGCCAUCAAGGACAGAGUUUCCCUCAUCAGCAGGAAGCGAGAGCAGAGGCAACAGGUGAGAGAGGAACAGGAGAAGAGGAGGCUGGAGGAGGAGCAGGGCCAGCAGCAACAACAACUACUGCAGCAGCAACAGCUGGGCCAAUCUCAACCAGGGCUCCAGCCCGGCACAGAGGCCCCCCAACCAGCCCAGCCCGUCCCUCAGGCAGCCCCCCAGCCAGGCCAACAGGCUGCCCCCUACAUCCCCCCACAACCCACCCAGCAGCCAGCCCAGCCCAUGGCCCCCUACAUUCCCUCUCAGACAGCACAGCUGGGGCCACAGGGGGUUCCCUAUAUACCCCAGUCUACAGGGCAGCUCCCAGUCUCUGUCCCAGUCCCAGUAUCGGCCCAGGUUCCAGUUCAGAUUCCAGUCCAGACAGAAUCAGAGAGGCCAGAAGUGGACCAGUACCCACAGCCGACCGAGACUGCCAAUCAAAUGACAGAUAGUGCUCAGGGUUCCUCCGUCCUUCAUGAGACGCACCCGGUUCAGCCGGUGAUGUCAUACACCUCUCUUCCCAGUCACCAGCCUCAGCCCCAGGCCCCUCCUCCUGUCCAAACAGACCCAUCGCGUCAGCCGCAGCAGACCAUGGUGGUUCCUGCUGCCCAGCAUACCACUGUUGCCCUUGGGGCUCCAAGCUCCCAGCCUGCCCCUGGGGCCCCACAACAGUACGGAGGUUACUACCACCCACCGCUCCCCCCUCAGGUACUUAAAAUCUGUCCCUUGCAAACGCACACCUCUUCCCUGUCAUACCCACCGCCUUUCUCUUCUCAGCCCAUCCCUCCUCUGCACAUCCAGCAGCCACAGCCAGAGGUCAGCGAUGCACCUCAGAGCUCAGCACUACCACCUCUCCAGCCUGGAGCCCAGCAAAUACAGGCCUCUGUGAGUGUAUCCCAGCUGGCGCCAGCCGAGCAGGCAGCAGGACCGACAACACUGGUCCCUCAGUCUGUGGAGAGUUGCCUGUCAGACGCAGCGUCAGGUCUGAGUGACGGCUAUGAAGGGGCGUCGGGUGGUAGACACGAGGGGCGCUCCAUGAUUAAGCGGCACCAGCGGCGCUCCGUACGCAGCCGCUCUCGGCAUGAUAAGACCGCCAAGGCCAAGCUCAACGUCCUCAAUAUCUCCAACAUGGGAGACCGGGUGGCAGAGUGCCAGCUGGAGACCCACAACAGGAAGAUGGUGACCUUUAAGUUUGACCUGGACGGAGAUAACCCAGAGGAGAUUGCACAGAUCAUGGUGCUGAGUGAGUUUAUCCUGGAGAGCGAACGUGAGUCGUUCAUCGAGCAGGUCCGUGAGGUCAUCGAAAUGGCAGACGAUAGAGAGGGCAUGAAGGAAGGCUACGCUCAACCACCCUUUACACAGAUUGUGGUGGAUGACCCCUCACAGCAACCUGACAUGCCCACUCAUCUGCCUGGUGUUCCUCCCAGCGUUGCAGCUCAGGUAGUCCACUCUGCAGGCCGGAGAUUCAUCGUCAGCCCUGUCCCAGAGUCCCGUCUGAGGGAGCAAUUCUUGGCCCUCCAUCUGCUAACACCUCUGAGUCUGGGCCUGUCCCUGUCUGCCCCCUCGGGCCACCUCCAGCAGGCCUUCACUGAGAUGAGGCAGCCGCAUGGGGAGAGACGAGCCACCAUGGGCAACCCAGCCGAGCCAGACACCAGCAUAGUCCCCUCCUCCCUGCGCCCAGCCUCCCCUCUCUCCCACCCUCACCAAACCUUGGCUCCCCCAGAGGCUACAGUCCCCACCAACACCAGCUUCUCCACCCUGCCUCCUUUCCAGCCCCUGCACCUGCUACCACUGAUCCCACCCCACACCCCCAGCCUGGCUACCAAGCUGCUCCCUCUCAGCCUACCCCUGCCCCAAUCACAUCUCCUCCUCCAGCUGCUCCCCAGGCCACCCCGGCACCUGUCCCCCCAGCUGCUACCCCCAGCUGGGAAGCAGCUCUGCCCCUUUCCCCCUGUCUCUGGAGCUCCACCCAGUAACUCUGGAACUGUGGCCAGCUCAGAACAGCACCCUGCAGCUGACCUUGUUCCUAUCCCUGAGUCCAUACCUGUCACUCAGCCCAUCUCGUCCCAGCCUAUCCCUUCCUCUGUCCCUGUGGCACAGCCUGCAAUGGCCUCCACCCAACUUCCACCCUCUACCCUGCCCUCCCAACCAUCUCAGCCAGGGGACCCAGAUGGUGUAGAGUCCCAGUCCAAGGUCCCUGGUAUAGAUGACAUACAUGCCCUGGAUAAGAAGCUGCGCUCCCUCUUUAAGGACACAUCCUCCGCGGACACUGGCAACACUGAGACCACCUCCCCCUCCACAGGGACCAUCUCCCCUCCCCCCGGGGCGGUCAUGGUGCCCCCCUCCAACCUGUCUCUCACCGCCGGGGGACAGGGAGCCCAGGGCCCCACCGCGACCCCAGGACAGGGCCUCACACCAGGGGGACAUGCACAGACACCUCCAGCCAAGCCUGGUCAAGCCACCAGCGCACAGGUGUAUCCUGUUGGCUCCGAGCAGGCAGGCACCCCUACCUCCGAGCAACUGCCUCCAUUCCCAGGACCAAACCAGUCCCAGCAGCCUGUGGGUAGUCUGGACGGCCAGCUAGGGAGAGCUCUGAGCCCAGAGACCAUCCCAGGGAGCAGUGAGGCAGCCUCGCCCUCCACAAGGGUCGUUAAACUGGGACGCUUCCAAGUCUCCGUUGCAGCAGACGCUAGCACCGGCAGCACUCCUGACCCCUCCAACAUUGCCUCAUCUUCCUCUCUCACCCCAUCCUCCUCAUCCUCCUCUUCUUCCUCCUCCUCCUCUUCCUCCCUCUCCAGCCCGGAAAACACCCUCCACCGCUCCUCAUCCCUCCUUUCCAAAGGGGUCCGGAGAGGAGACUCCGUCGAUGCACUCUCUUCUGUCCCAACACAGCCUACCACCAUCGGACGCUUCCAGGUGUCUACUAGUGCCAGCACUGGCCCCAGCCCUAAUUCUGUCUCUAAGGUGGGCCGUUUCUCAGUGAUGCCAGCCGCAGUGAAUCCCACAGCACCUCCGGGGUCUAGCCUCUCCCAUCAGAACGGCCCUUCCUCUUCGACCUCUGACCUCCGUAGCUCCGCCCCUGGCGUGAACAGUGGUUCAUUUAACCGUUACAUGACCAGCGACAACGAGGAUGACUCGGGGCCUGAGGACGAGGCCUUCCAGAGCGAAGUGAGCUGCCUCCGAGAGAAACAUAUGAUAGAGAUCCAGACCCUCCAUUCACGGCAGAAGGAGGAAAUAGAUGCUCUGUUCACCAGGCUGGGUAAACCACCUCCUCCAGCUGUCCUCUCCCCUAUGGCCGGGGGCCGACGUAGGCCCAAGACCAAGGCCAGCAAAUCAGCCCGCAGCAGCGCCCAGGCCAGCCCCCAGCACUCGGGUAACCAGAGUUAUGAUUGGUCUGAGCUCCAGUCACAGGCCAGAUCCCCCAGCGUCCCCCCUAAGCAGACGUCUCCCCCCACUGCAGGGGUCUCUGAGUCAGACAGCCGGACUUCCACCAUGGGAGUGAGUGGGACCAGUUCAGACAGUGGAGUGAACACCAGCCAGUCCCAGCCAUCAGGCCCUAACCCAGCGCCGGCCCUAACACAGAACCGAAAGGGCACGUUCACAGACGACCUGCACCAGCUUGUUGACAACUGGGCCCGAGACGCCAUCAGCCUCUCCCAGGGCAAGAAAGGACCCAAGGGGACAGCCCAGGGACAUGACAUCCCUCUACAUAUCCCUCCACAAGCAAACAUGAGCCGAAAGUUUUCUGCCCCGGCCACCUGUGCCCCACCCUCCCGUCUACCACCCUGGCAGGUGCCCACCUCCCCAUUACAACUAACCCCUCCAACCCACUCUGCCAGCGUCAGGGCUCUCUAGGCCCCCCUCCCCAGGGAUUUGGCUAUGGCACAGCCCCCUACAGCGCCCCCAGUGGGCAGGACCCUGUCAGGUGGGUCUCCUGGCCCAGUACCAGGCCCCUUCCGCAGCCUCAGCCCCCCCUUCAGCAGGCCUUCCACAUGGGAGCCACCCAGAAACCUGUUAGCAACCCUGGAGGUCCCAACCUGAGGCCCACAUAGCCCAGUCUGCAGCCCUGGACCUGGGUUAAUAAGGCUGGGCUGAUAGGGACUGAGGGCAGGGAGGAAGAGAGCCAUAGGAGAACAACUACUAUCUGACGUUCUGUUUCACUAAUUGGUGAGGUGAAAUAAAGAGGAUGAAGUGAAAAUGGAGGAGAGGAGGCUGUGGUUCAGUCCUGUCAGACAGAGAGCGAUGUCUGUCAGUUGGAGGGAGAGUGCAAUACAUACCCACAGCACACAAUCACACCUUCACCCUUACCAGGGCCCAGUCUUUUCUGCCAAUGGCUGUGGAAGCAGGCUGUGAUUGAAAUUUGGGUUUGUCCAAUGAAAGCUAUGGACCCAAGGGCACAACUGGCAACGGCCAAAGACAUCUGUUGAAAGCACCAUUGUGAUCUCAUCAUUCCCUUAAACAGGAGGGUAGGGAGGGGGAACUCUUAAUUACUUCUUGACUGUAACUGGCCUUACCUAGGACAGAGUUAGCAGAUGGAGAGAACCCCCACAAACACAUACACAUGCGCCUCCUAGCACUACUGUCAUUGGCUGAGAUUGAGGCAUUGAAUGGUAUAAGAAACUGAUUAAUUGUGGGUAACAAGUUUGUAUAAGGAAAGGAGAGAGAGAGAGAUAUAUGUAGAGAAGCAAGGAGGUGGAAUGAGUGAAAGAUGGUGAAUGGAAGUUGUUUAGGUAGGGUUAUAGUGGAUAGUGUUUGGCUAGUGUUACUCAUUUGAUCGCCAUACAGUAAGAUGCAGUAAUAGCAAUGUGAGGAAAGGAGUGAGCCCCCUGUGUAAGAGUGGCCUUAAACCCCCAAACACAUAUACACAUUGUCUUUGUAUAUAGAGAUAUUUCUUGUCCUAAGUUAUGGUUAUAUUUGACCAUCUGUCCCUCUGAGCUGGUCUGAUGUGACGUUCUGCCUGACUGGGUGUGUUAGUUUCUUGAGACCAUCACCUAACGUUAGUGUGAGCUAAGUAACAGACCUGUCUGUAGAUAGUUUAUUAAUAUCUACUUCACCUGUCUUGUCCAGGCUUUGGAUUUACCCUGAAGUGACUGUAUCCAUGAGUGAUUUAGGUUUACGCCUUAGCGACUGGUUAGGCUCAGUGGUUUGAGUUGUUGGCUUCAGCUACUGUGAUCAUUUGGUUUUCGACCUUAGCUACUGUGUCAGUCAGUUGUCUCACCUCACCACCUGGAGUACUGUAGUCAGACUCUGGUAAGCAAGGCUAUGGUCCUUGGUACAGUUCUGUUAGAAAGGCAUUACAUUCUAGAGGCAUAGGGUUAUCUAGCGAGUGAACGGUGCAUGGUGUUCACACACAGACCUCUAAGCAAUGUCAACAAAAAUGUCUUUAACCUUAUUUCCAGUUGUCAUCUUUCAGAAUCAUGACAAAUUGUCUGGGGUUUCUGUGGCUUGUUUUAUGUGUAUAUUUUAAAUAAAAAUACAAAAGAGA